AUGGUGGUAUCUGGCGUUCUCGAGGAAAGCAUGACAGACGACGAGGAGGAUAGUGAGGGGAAGGAGGAGGAUGACCACAACGAGACUCCUCAUGAGAACUCAGCCGAGGAAAGGGACUCCUCUUCGGGUUCCAGAGGUGGAAGGUUCCGCCGUUCGCUGAGGCGCAUCUGGGGCAAAUUCACUGGGAAUCAUGCCCAACGGAGAGCGCGUAAGUAGCCCUAUUCUAUUGCAAUACUCUUUAGUUAUCAAAACCACAACAUGACUUCAUAUUCCGGUAGUUUCUUUUCAUAGCUUACUUUUAUGGCAGUUUCAUUAAUGAAUUAUGCUCGGACCAAGGUAGGCUAUUAUAGCCUGGCCAAAGAAGCCUUGCCUAUUUAUUGUAUUCUCAUAUUUUAUUUUCCCCCUACAGAUUGUAUGACUGAUGAGGAGCUACGAGACCUCAUGAUGUCAUGCUAUAUAAUUUGAUGCGGACUUCAUUGGCUGGAAAGUCAUCAGGGCUUUUUACGUUCUGGCAUGUUCAAUUGAACAGAACCGGUGCUGAACUGAACGACCAGUUGAAAAACCGGGUUGGGGAACACUGUCCACAUGGCCACUGCCCUUUUAAAAACGUCACUCAUUGCUUCAGACCACACCUCGCCACACCCACCAAACGGGAGCCAGCGUACCUCAGUCUGUUCAAGAACGUUUUUGGGAAACGUGUCAUUCGGUACAAACCGUUCCGCAACAUAGCAAACGUUCAAGCGAACUGAACACACCUCAGUUGCACCUGAUUGAUCAGAGAGGGGGCGUUGCCGUCCAGGAGCCUACACUACAGGAGCCUGUAGAAGACUGGCAUGUCCAGUUGGAAGCUGGAGCAAGCAGGAAUAUGUAUUCCAGAUAAUAGCCAACUAGGCCUAUGUGUCCAUUUCGUCUCACCUGCAUGUAAUAAUUGGUGGGACCAAACAAACACAUAAUAGAAACAGAAUUGUAAAGGCCUAAAAAACAAAACUAUAGGCUAUUCUUUGAAGCCAUUAGGCUACUGAAUGAAAUGGGUUUUUAUCUGAAAUUGUAUUUUUUGUGUGCUUUGAUAUAGCCUAUGGCUUUCCAUUUCCAAAGAUUAGAAUGUGUUGAAUAUUGUUGGUGCUCAAAGAUAACACUUUAUUUGAAUGUAAUUAAUUUAAUUCACUUUUAUUGAUUGUAUGUAUGUGAUAUUUUGCACAUUUGUUUAGUUAUAAUUCAACGUAAAACAUGUUAUUGUUUUGUUCAUUUUCAUCUAUCACUGGGAUGAAUUGGUUGCAGUAGUAACUGAUGCUUUCUUUUUCUCUGAGAAUAAGUUAAUAAACAAUACAGUUCUGAACAUCUGCUUGGUUUACCAUUAUUUAGAAUAUAAGACCACAUAAGCUCAUGCCAUAUAGGCCUAUACAAUAAUCGAGAAAAAAAUAUUUCACAAUGCCUUUUUAAUUUUAUGAACCAGGUGUAAUUUUCCCAAAAAAUUCUGGAGGAUGCAAUCAACACAAAUGGUUGCACCUGUGUUCACAUGGGGCGGGAUUGUGUUCAACGUGGUGAAACAUUCAGAAAGUUGCAGGAUGUAAAUAGAAAUGUAACAGAGCUAACAUGAUUCCCUGGCCUAUUCUAUGCAGACAAUAAUAUGUUUUAAUCUACACAAUACAUCACUAUUGAAACAUACUGUAUUGCUGCACUCUUCUGAAUGGGUCCCAAAUUAGAUGCACCUGUUGAGAUAGCAACAGGCACAUCUAAUAUGCUAAUCAAGGGGAUCUGUGACCACAGCGUGCUAUUUGAAAGCUAGCGGAACAACAGGUUGAUAAAACAAGGCUUUUACCUUGGACUCUGUCAGUUACAAUCUUCUACAAUCUGAUUGUGUUGUAUUGUCUGCAUGUCUGUCGGUUGAUGGCCAGCAAUAAUGUCAAGGACUCUAAGACUUCAUUCUAGGUAUGUUUAAAGGUUUUCUUAAUCAAGUAGCCUCAACAGAUUAUUGCCCAAUACUUUGUGUACUGUGAUAGCACUGAGACAUUGGCUUAUCUUUCAGUGAUGUAACUGUCACUCAUGAAAUCAUUCUUUAUUAUUUUUGUAAUACAGACUUCUGUUCAUGUGUCUGAUGAUAGCUGCUGUGGAUGUCAGUUGUUCAUAUUCAUCAAGGGGUAAGAUAAAUAACAGUAUCCUGCUUAUCUUAUUGUACAAAAAGUGAACAAUGGCUUGAGGUUGGGUCAUAUAUACCCAUGUCCAUAAAGUUUAUAGUUUUUGUUUGUCAUAUAUACUUAAAUAUGUAAGUUGGGCUACUGGUUAACAAUAUCCAGGUGCCCAGGGUUAUUGCUCGGAAUCUAUCUUUACAUGACUUGAGUGCUUAUCAAAUUGUCGAUACUUGACCUCAAGCUAUCUUGUGACAUGAAAUUGUUUGCCUUGAGCAGAUAUUUGAAAACCUCAACAUGCUCCAUAGCUGCCUUAUGUUACUUUAUUAGUGACCCAUAUACAUAUUAAAUGUAAGGACAAACACAUUUUAAAAUAUAAUAUUUAGGACCCAGCAUUUUUUAUUCUGUCCACAUAAUCUGAUUAGGGAAAAACUCUGAGCACUACUUAUAACACAUUGUCCAUUUAAUUCAGCAAUGCAAUUGAUAUGGGUUGAUUGAGGUUUUAGUUCACUGACCAAAAAUAAAUGCAACCUGCAACAAUUUUUUAAGAUUAUACUGAGUUACAGUUCAUAUAAGGAAAUCGGUCAUAAAUGUACAUAUUCAUUAGGCCCUAAUCAAUGGAUUUCACAUGACUGGGAAUACAGAUAUGCAUUUGUUGGUCACAGAUACCUUAAAAAAAAAAAAAGACAGGGGCGUGGAUCAGAACCAGUCAGUAUCUUGUGUGACCACCAUUUGCCUCAUGCAGCGCAACAUCUCCUUCGCAUAGAGUUGAUCAGGCUGUUGAUUGUGGAAUGUUGUCCCACUGCACAGCCAUUGAAGAGGAGAGUUGCUGGAUAUUGGCAGGAACUGGAACAUGCUGCCGUACACGUUGAUUCAGAGCAUCCCAGACAUGCUCCAUUGGUGACAUGUCUGAGUAUGCAUGCCAUGGAAGAACUGGGACAUUUUGUAUACAGAUCCUUGUGACAUAGGGCUGUGCAUUAUCCUGAAGAAUGGUAUGACAAUGGGCCUCAGGAUCUUAUCACGGUAUCUCUGUGCAUUCAAAUUGCCACCGAUAAAAUGUAAUUGUGUUCGUUGUCCGUAGUUUAUGCCUACCCACACACAACGCCACCAUGGGGCACUCUGUUCACAACAUUGACAAACCGCUCACCCACACUAUCUGCCCGGUAUAGUUGAAACCGGCAUUCAGCUGUGAAGAGCAGACCUCCAGUGAGACAGUGGCCAUUGACUGUGAGCAUUGGCCCACUGAAGUCAGUUACGACGCCGAACUGCAGUCCGGCCAAGACCAUGGUGAGGACGACGAGCACGCAGAUGAGCUUCCCUGAGAUGGUUUCUGACAGUUUGUGCAGAAAUUCUUUGAUCGUGCAAACCCACAGUUUCAUCAGCUGUCUAUGUGGCUGGUCUCAGAUGAUCCCGCAGGUGAAGAAGCCGGAUGUGGAGGCCUGGGCUGGCGUGGUUCUGAGGCCUGUUGGACGUACUGCCAAAUUCUCUAAAACGACGAAGGCGGCUUAUGGUAGAGAAAUUAAUGUUCAAACCUUUGGCAACAAUUCUGGUGGACAUUCCUGCAGUCAGCAUGCCAACUGCACACUAAAAACGUAAGGCCACUCUAAAAUGUGUAGUUUUGUCACACCAACACAAUGCCACAGAUGUCUCUCGUUGUCCCCAGCACAAGGUGCAUCUGUGUAAUGAUCAUGCUGUUUAAUCAGCUUCUUGAUAUGCCACACCUGUCCGAUGGAUGGAUUAUCUUGGCAAAGGAGAAAUGCUCACAGGAAUGUAAACAUUUGUGCACAGAAUUUGAGAAAUAAGCUUUGUUUUGUCAUUUCUGGGAUCUGUUAUUUCAGGACAUGGGAACAACACUUUACAUGUUGCGUUUUUUGUUCAGUGUAAUUAGUCCAUUUAAAAAAAAUGAAAUGCAUCAAUUAUUCAAAAUACUGAAUUGCACUUCUAUUGAUUUCCCUGUAGGCAGAAGCAGGAGAGCAGUACACGAACAGGGAAGUUAUCUCGGUGCAGAGAGCCCCAGAAGCUGGAGGCCUCUCUACAACCCGUACACACUUCCCCCUAGUCUGAGCCCAAGCCAACCGGUCCCCAGGAUUGUCCAACCUGACCAGGCUCAGAUGGUCUUUAGCCCGAGACCGGAAGUCCAACCUGGGACCAACAACGUUGUGGCCAACCAGAGAGAAGGUUCCCCUGAUGGCGACGAGUCUGAGCCCCCCAACAGUCAAUCUAGCAAAUUUCCAAGCAGCUCUGUGCCUAGUAAGACUGUCCAUUAUUGUACCUACCCUUCUAGUAGCCUAGGUAGCCCAAUUGUCCCCAGAACCUGGGGUUCCUCUGAAACCUUUUAUUCCAUCAAAAACCCUGUGAUCCAAAGUAGCCAUGUUGCCACCAGUAGUUUCCAACCUGCCAGGGACAUAUUUGGCUCUCCUGUUGUUGAAUACAACCCCAUCCCAGCCCAACAGGCUGAAAACCCUGUGAGUAACAAUGAGAAAUCCAAAUACAGAACGUUUCUGUCUUCCUACCUCUUCGGGGGAUCCCAACCCACUUCCAGCACCUCUGAAACCCCUCACAAGGGCCCUAGUGAAGGAAUGAAGACCAUUAGUGGACAUGGUGCCACCUCUGCUACCCAAAGUGAAGGAAACCCCAGUGUUCAUGGGUCUGGAAGAUCCACACAUGUCCAAGGGGGCUAUGGCUACAUAGGCUCUCAGUCGUACCCUACAUCCUUUAAGUCUUCCAAUGGACGACAAGCACCAGUGCACCCACCAACUCUGAGCCAAUCGGCUUCUUCUAAAGUAGAUGCUACCAGUGAAGCCCAACAUGUUUCUAGUAUCACCAAACCCUUCCAUCACAGUGCUAACUUUUCCCAAAGUGGAGGUAGCCCUAGUAGCUAUUCCCCUGGUGAAAAGGCUGAUACUCAGGCUAAAAGUGCUUUCAGCAGAAUUCAACCUCUUAUUAGAUUUGGCUCUUUCUGGAACACAAUAGCCCCCACUGCAACUCAACCCACCCAAAGUCCCUUUGAGCCUGCAGAGAGAGUAACUGCACCUCAUAGUCCUGCCCCUGACCAGUCUUUGAAAACCAAGAGUAGCUAUGUCCCUUGGAAGAAACAUGGGCUAAGAAGCUCAUCCAGUGUUCAGAACGGGGGAGCCACAGGCGGUUACAAACCUGGAAGAUCCAUGGAUGUCAAUACACUCGGAGGGUUCCAAUAUGAAGAUCCAGAGACAACAUUGGCUCCCAUCGUGAGUAAAGAUGACAUACGUUCUGUUGCUAUCAGACCUUCAGUCAACACAAACACUGCAAAGAGUCAGGGUACUGGCUGGAGAAAUAG